AUGCCAGUCUACGACCCGCCGACUAUCCCACAUCCUUCGCCCUCCCUCCUGACUCUUCUUCCCCUCCCUUCUUCACCCCCCUCCUACCUCCGUGACUCCCGCUAUAUCUCCCGCCUCGACGCCGCCCACCGAGCAAAGCUACUAGCUCAACAGCGCGAGGCCUCAGCUAUCACAACCUCCACCUCAAACAAUAACCUGCAACAACCUCCCCUCUCCGCAUCAUCCAGCAAUGUCCACUUACCUCGCAUGGCACCCUCGCACCGCGGGAUGACCUAUGAUAUCAUCGAGAAGGAACCGCCCACAGCUACCGAUACCCCGAUGCCCCUACCAACGCAGUGGGGCGUAGACGAUCGCCACGACAUCCUCGAGAUAUCCAGCGACGGACUCGAAGUGCGCUACACAGGACCACAGCAUAAGACAAACGACCACGAAGCCGCCGCCCUAAGAGCCGAUAACCCGAUGCCACCACAAUGCGGCAUUUACUACUUCGAGAUCAAGAUCGAGUCAAAGCCGAAGGAAGGCGUCAGCGGCAACGGCAGUGGCAGCAACAGUAACACUAACAACAACACCUCAUCCUCACCCUCCUCCUCCUCGGGCGCAAGUGGAAUCCGUACUGAUCUCGGCUCUUGUUGCAGGAUGGUAGCAAUCGGACUAUCAAGUCCCAAGGCCUCAAUCGAGCGUCUGCCCGGCUGGGAAACCGAAUCAUGGGCCUACCACGGCGAUGACGGGAAAUCCUUCUUUGGCGAAUCGCAAGGUCAGGGACGCAGUUAUGGACCUACUUAUGGCGUUGGUGAUACUGUGGGUUGUGGAGUGAAUUUCUCAACUCGGUCUGCUUUUUUUACUAAGAAUGGCGUGUUUUUGGGAACGGCUUUCUCUGGGUUGCCGGAGAUUUCACUUUUUCCUUCGGUUGGGAUGAAAAGACAGCCGCCUGUUUGUUUGAGGACGAAUUUUGGUCAGGAGCCGUUUGUUUUUGAUAUUGAUGGAAUGGUUAAGCAUGAACGAGCAUCAAUCCAAGCAGAAAUCAACACCACAAGCACGGAUACCCUCCAACCACCCCUCGACGAAUCAUCACUUUUGCAGGAAUUAGUGGCCCAGUUCCUAGCCCAUGAUGGUUAUGUCGAGACUGCACAUGCAUUCGCGCAAGAAGUGGCUACGGAAACUGCAGCGUUGCAAAGUGGACAUGGUGCGCCGUUGAAGAAGUAUGAGGUCGAAGAAGAUCAUCAUGCUGUUCAUCGGAAUAAAAUCCGCGCCGCAAUCUUAGACGGCGACAUCGACAAAGCCCUAAAGCACACAAACGCAUACUACGCCGACGUCCUAAAAGAGCACCCACAGAUACACUUCAAACUCCGCUGCCGCAAAUUCAUAGAAAUGAUGCGCAAAUCGCAAGAACUGCUCCUCUCAGCAUCGAGUCCAGUAUCAGCAUCCGCAUCCAAACGGCGGCGCUCAGCCUCACCCGGUUUAGACGAGCACGCCGUCUUCGACCAGGAGAUGGAACUUGAUGACGGCGCGUGGGACGAUGGGAUGGGCAUGGAUACAGAAGAAAGUCCCAAGACCACCGAACGAAACGAACGUUUUAAUGAACUCCUCACCGAAGCCGUGGAGUACGGGCAGCAGUUACGGCUUGAUUACCAUCAAUCCGGCGACGACGGUCUUGAUCUUAAGAUGCUUGAUGAGGUGUUUUCUUUGGUUUGUUAUCCUGAUCCGAAGGGGUCGCCGCAUGGUCAUUACCUAGAUCCUGAGGGGAGGGUUGCUGUUGCUGAGGAGUUAAAUUCGGCUAUUCUUGGUGAGUUUGCCCUGCCCCCAGCCCCAGCCUUAGCCUCCGGGCCGAGUCUUCCACCCUGUGUGUAUUACAGACCACCCCUGCUAACCAAAUUCCUCCUUCCACCAGUCUCACUAGGCAAAAACUCCGAAGCAGCUCUAGAAAGGCUUUAUCAACAGACUGAAGUGCUAGUCAAUGAAAUCAGCGAGGGCGGCGCUGGGGCGUUUAUCAAUAUUCGGAAUGAUCUUUUGCUAUGA